AUAGAAAGAAGACGAAACUUCCGUAAUCAAAACAAAGUCGUCACCGCGUUUUCACAAGAAUUUUGGCAAAAUUUUAUUUUCAUUUAAGAUUUUUCUAUAAUUUGAACCAUUGAAGAAUGUUGAAUUACUGCUAAAAUUCUGAACGAACUGGAGUGAUAGUUUUUGCUACAGUUUCUAUUAUAACAAAAUUGUCCGUUUGCUAUUACGAACGGAAUGAGUGAAUCAAGUCCAAGGCAAAUUGCAAAUUUUGUGCCAGCUGGGUACGAAAGCGAAGAUACGGAUGACGAGUUUCUGAUGGUACCGCAUGACUCAUGUGUAUCGUUCGACUCUGGCAGUUCUACAUCCGCUGACAAAUGUUUCGAAGAUGAACGGAUAAAAAUUAUUCCACAUAUCGGGGUGCGUGCUGGACUCGGAGAACGUGACUUCGAUAUUGAGCUGGACGAGAACAUUGCCAUCUGGUUCGAAGGGUUCCGCGAGAGUUUCAAAACAUUCAAGAAAGGUCCGCUGAUAACGCAACGAUUGCAAAUGUUCUAUUUGAGCACCCAGAAUCCAUUCCAGUGGGCGCUGAAACUGUUUGCCAAUUGUUCGGAUAAUAAUGCACCGAAGAGUAAUUCUCUUGCUUACACUGUCAUGGAAGAGUUGGCCACCUUUAAGAAAACGUACGGUGUGGGAACGGAUGGGCUGGUAGACGAUAACCUACGGAUGGUGGCAUUUAAUUUUAUCGCCAAACAAGGCCACUGUCUGCUGUUCCGUAUGAUAGCGGAAACAUUCGAACUGUUGGCCUGUCGUGAGAUGUUCGUUCCGAAGAUACGGGAAAUGAUCAAUCGAAAGCAGUACAAAGAAGCUGGCCAGAUUGCGAUUGAUCUGGAACUAUUCGACGAUUUUGACGAGCACGACUUUGUGAUGCCACUUUUUCUGCAGGAUAAAAUAUCAAUCGCUGAGGAAUACCUAAACAAAGCCGUACACUUGCAAAGGCCUGUCGUAAAACUGCUCGAUUCAUUCUUUGACAAAAAGCAAUCGGUUGAAAAUAAUUGUUCUUUGUAUAUUAGCGAACACAACGUUACCGAUGUAUACUAUAGUAAAUUGCACCAGAAACCAUUGAGUAAAUUGGUUCAGCGGCUAUCUAAGACCUACAAUGUUCCCAAGGAGUUUGCGCCCAAUGUCAGUAAAAUGAAAAAUUUUGGUGCUUUGCAGUUUUUGCUUCACAAGCGCUACUAUGAGAAAAGUUUAAAUAAAGAUUCGUGGGAUGAAAUGGUGCGGGACACUGUUUCAAUGAGCGACAAGGAUCUUCAGAUGGAACUGGUAUAUCUCUGUUCGAAUUUCAACGAUCAGGCUGAAGCUGCCAGAUGGGCUAAAUUCUACAAGCUGAAAUUGAAAGAUCUUCCUUUGCUGGUACAGGAUUACCUAACCGAAAAUGCUGGUAAGAAUGUGACACCCGUUGAAAAUGCAACCGAUGUGGAAUUAUGGGAUUCGAGGAAUAGUGAAGCAACGCAUACGUUGAACUUGGAAGAUGAUCACGUACAUCUUGUGGAUUCACGUGAAAAAUUUUAUGCGAUGAUUUCGGAUCUCAGACAGCAGUCAAUCGUCGCAUUCGAUUCCGAAUGGAAACCAACAUUCGGAGGUUCCAACGAAGUUUCGUUAAUUCAGUUAGCUACGUGGGACGAUGUUUACUUGAUUGACGUCAUGAUGAGCCGAUUGGAUGGUUCCGACUGGACGGCGUUGGCCAAACAUGUGUUCAACAGGGAUGAUAUUCUAAAACUGGCAUUUGCUCCUUCCACUGAUAUUUCUAUGUUCCAAAAAGCACUACCAGCGUUCAAUGUCGUGUAUAGUUCGCAAAACAGUUCGGGAAUACUGGAUUUGCAGGAUCUAUGGAGAUAUGUCGGAACCAUCAAGAAUUUCUGUUUUCCUUUCGAAGAGGAAGUUGUAAAUCUAAAUUUAGCUAACCUGGCUAAGCUGUGUGUAGGGAGAAAAUUGGACAAAUCGAAUCAAUUUUCCAAUUGGGCUCAGCGGCCUUUACGUAAAGAACAGCUGCAAUAUGCUGCAUUGGAUGCGUACUGUUUGCUUGAAAUCUUUGAUGCGAUUCGAAAACAACUAGAGAAGCUGAAACUUGAUCCAAGUGAUAUAAUCAAUAAUUUGUUCUACGAAAACAAAUCCGGCGAAGGAGGAGCAGGAAAGAAACGAUCAACUAAAUCAAAAGGAAGUAGAAGAUCAAGGCGUAAUGGCACCGAUGAGCAGUACAAUCAACGAAUAACUCACGAUGCAGGAAGCAGCUUUGCCCAUGAAAGUGGUACACAUAGUCAUCCGAAUCGAAAUAGAGAUCAGCAACAACCACCUGGUCCGAACGCUAGAUCUGUGUUCGUUUCCGAGGUGCGUUUUGUUUGCGACAAAAUGCUGGAAGGUCUGGCCAAGAUGCUGCGACGAUUCGGAAUCGAUACGGUAUCGAUUAAGAGUCCCGAGAACCAUGACCGUUGCGUAUUUUUGGCACUCCAGGAGAAACGAUUUGUGCUAACCCGAGGAUCUAACUAUUACAAGUUCACAGAAUAUCUCCCAUCAGGUCACUGCUACAAAAUUGGCAACGAUCGUGUCGAAGACCAGCUGUUGGAGGUGCUUCGAUACUACCGAAUUGUAAUUCGACAGGAAAAUAUUUUCAGUCGCUGUCAGUUGUGCAAUUGUGGCCGAUUUCUAUCGGCCCGCCCCGCUGACAUUUAUUUUCUGAUGCAUGGGACUGAAAUGCCACAAUCGUUCAGGAUCGACAAUCGAAAAGAACCGCUGGAAAAGGAAAUGCAAAGGAUUAAGCUGGAUCGAAGCUGGAUACUGGAUACGCUUUCGGCGAACGGGCGUUUGAGUGGGCUGACCGAAAGCGGCGCUAGAAUCGACACCAGUUAUGUCGGAGACAUUGUGCUUGCCAACGUUGAUGUCUUUUUCAUCUGUGAUGGAUGCGGUCGGUGUUACUGGGACGGAUCGCAUCUGGAUAAUAUUCUUGGUGGAAAAUUGGUUGAUUUACUUUCGCUUAGGUACGAUUAAAAUAUAUUGAAAUAAAGUUUCUAUGUGUGUAUUUUUUUGUAGAAUGGUGAGAUUAUUUACCUGUGGCAACGGCGCCUGAAAUCAUUAAAAAUCAUUAUCAAUCAA